AUGGAAUCAUUAGCUAAAUUUUUAUUUCAAAUAAUUUCUCUUGAAAAUAAUUCUAUAGAUAUAGACUUACAACCAAAUUUAUGUACAAUCUGCUAUCAACAAAUUUGUCCAAGUCUUACAAAAUCUAUUACAAUAUUAUCAUGUAAACAUUUUUUUCACAAAGAAUGUAUUGCAGAAUAUGAUUUUGAUACUUGUCCACUUUGUCAAACAGAAAACCAAAAAGAUCAACCUAUUUUUCAACAAAUUGAAUCUAAUUCUCAAUUAAUUGAUAUAUUUAAUACUACUAUUACAACUACUAUGCCAACUACUAUGCUGACUACUAUGCCAACUACUAUGCCAACUACUAUGCUGACUACUAUACCAACUACUAUGCCAACUACUAUGCCAACUACUAUACCAACUACUAUACCAACUACUACAUCUAUUAUGCCUACUACUACACAUACUACAACUAUUACCAAGUCUACUACUAUGCCUAUUACUCCAAAAAUAUUAAAAAUACCAAAAAAAUUGGAAACAACAAUUGGAAUUAUAAAACAACUUAGAACUGAAAUUAAUGUAAUGAUGGACUUGUACAAUAGUGAAGAUAAAGACUCAAAUAAUAGAAUUGAUAUAGAAAAACUACCAAGACUGGCUCAAUUAUAUAUUAGUUGUGGACAUGCUGCCAAAAAUGCAGUAAUUGCAAAUCAAAGAAAAAUAGAAAAGUGGUAUGAAUAUGCUGCUGGUUUUGAUGCAAGAGUAAAAGAAAUCCUAAAUAAUAAUCGAAAAUAUUCUAUAAAAAUGGCAAAAACAAUAGCUUAUAAAGAAAUUACUGAUCAUCUUCCAUAUGUUACAAUGAAAACAUUAUGA